CCACGCGCGGUUCGCAGCGAACUACACUUCCCGGCAGGACGCGGCGCGCGCACGCGCACCGGGGCCUCCGCCAUGGCGACAGUGCUGUCCAGGGCGCUCAAGCUCCCCGGGAAGAAGAGCCCAGAUCUCGGAGAGUAUGACCCCCUCACCCAGGCCGACAGUGAUGAGAGCGAAGAUGAUCUCGUGCUUAACUUGCAGCAGAAGAACGGAGGGGUCAAAAAUGGGAAGAGUGCCCUGGGAGACCUGCCAGAGCCCGACUCGGAUGCGGAUGUGGCUGGGGCGGCCAAGCCACAUCUUUCAGAAGUCACCCCAGAGGGUUUCCCCUCGGAACCCCUUGGGGGUCUGGAGCAGAAGGCCACCUCUUCCCUGGUGUCCUAUGUGCGCACAUCUGUCUUCCUGCUGACACUGGUGAUCUCCAUGGUUCUGGUAUUGCUCUGCGCCUUCCUCAUCCCCUGCCCUCCCAGAGACCUGCAUAGCACUUGGAGCCGGCGCCUGGGCUCCCAAGGAGGCGGGGACCUGUCUCCCCUGGAGUUGGCUGACGUGAAUAGAGAUGGUCUGCGGGACGUGCUUCUCACCUUUGUGACAACCAGAAAUGGGACUGAAGGAGGUGUUGGCUCACAACCAACUGCAGAUCUGGUGUGCCUUUCGGGGAUGAAUGGCAGCACACUGUGGUCCAGUCCCCUCCCAGAGGAGGCUCAAGACGUCACAUGCUUAGAUCUGAUACCAGGAAGCGUGGCCAAAACCAUCUGCCUUGUGACGGGGACUCGGAAGAUGCUCAGUGCAUUCAAUGCGACGUCAGGGAAAGUCCUCUGGACUCUAAACCCGAACUAUCUGUCCAACGGUACCCUGGCUGCUCCAGUUGUGGUGCUGCCAGACCUUGAUGAAGAUGGUGUCAGAGAUCUGGUGGUGCUGGCCAUCGGAGAACUGCAGCCAGAUCUAUGUUUUCUGCUGGUAUCUGGCCGGACAGGGAGUCCUGUGGGCAGACCUGUGAAGUAUAACAUCGUGGGAGUAGGGAAUCUGAUUGGUCCCCAGGUUUACAUCACCGCCAGUGGAGCUGUCUACAUCCUGUUUGGCUUUGGAAACAUACAAGCUGUCGCCCUGCGGGACAUUUUUGUUCAGGCCCAAAAUCGAGACAGCUCGCCACCCUCUCUGCAGAUAGAGGAGCUGGAGUGGGAGAAGCACAGAUCUGUCAACCUUUCUGAGCUCAUCGAUGUUUACAGUGAUGGAGUUGAGCUUCUCCAGUUGGUGAAGGCACCAGAUUCCAACAGCAGCAGCCUCCUGAUUACAACCAGACAAGGCCUGGUCCUGCUUAGAGGACAAGAUCUUACGCCUCAUUGGAAACUGAACCUUCCGGGCCUUCGCAGCCAGCCCACUCCUGGGUAUUUCACUGAUGACCAGACAUUGGACUUCCUUCUGCAGACACAAGAUGGAGAUGGGAUGAAAAAGAUGACGGUGGUAGACGGAGGUUCUGGCUCCAUCGUCUGGAGUUACAGUAUUCCAUGUCACAUGAAGGAAACACCAACCACUUCUGCAAUUACUUCAGACCAGAAGUCUGUCUUCCUCUUCUGGGCAGAAGCACUGACUGCGGCAUCUCUCAGUUCUGACGACAGCUCAGGAGCCGAGCCUCCCGGCCUUUACCACCUUUACCUCCUGCACCCAGCCUUCCCCUCUAUCCUCCUGGACCUGAGCAACACCACUGGCAUAGUGACAGCUUCGGAGGUUGGAAUCAACGACAUCUGGAAAGAUGCCUUUUAUGUCACCAGGACAACAGGGAUGAGCCCUGAAGGACACCCUACCUCUCUGGUGGUCAGCAAGCUUAGCCUGCGCUGGGCACUCAUGGAAGGCCAGAUGGUCCAGCUGAAGGAGACCACCCCUAAAAUUGGCCGUGGGGAACUGCGAAGAUUCCUAUCAAGGAUAAAGUUUGUUGAUUCUCCCUACCAGAUCUAGUGCAACGGAAUUCUUCGGAUUCAGAAGAACUCUACGGACUGGCUCCUGUCUCUUCUGUGUCAGUUCUCUCGAGAGAGGAUGACUUCGGAGCUGUGCAGCACUUGGGAUCACUGUGCUGUGGCAGCCUAUUGAAGCUGAGAUCUGUAGCUUAGCUGGGGAAUCUCAUGACCUUCCCGUCCCCGCGCUAACCCCUUCUCCCGAGAACUCUGUGUGGAUACUUUGGAAAUGUGAAUCUUAUAGCUGUUGGAUUUUUUUUUUUUUUGUACCUUUAAUUUAUAAACCCUUGCAGGGAAAUCCAGUGGCCUACAAGCAGGAUAUAUGUUGUUUUGCCUUAGGCCCUGGGUGUGUCUCUGUGUAUGUGUGUGUGUGUCUCUAUGUGUGUGUGUCCAGUGUUGUAACAAUUAUUCUUGAUAUAUGCCCCAAGCUUCAGGGAUUCCAUUUCCUGUCCUGGUGAAGUUCAUCUGGCUUGGCCAUCUUGAUGCGACUGGAUGGCCUUUCUGGUCCUGAGGGUCACGUGACACUGUUUUCCCUCUGCCUAUACUGUGGUUCCUUUCCAACUCCAGACAGCAGUGAGGAACACUGGAGGUUGUGCUGGGGGCUAGUUGUCCAGUGUGCUCAUCUGCCUGUCUCCUAGACUCUCCACCUGCGGAGUGCUCAUGAGGACAUGCUUCUGUCACAGAGGGAGAAGGGGACAGACUUUCCCAGACGCCUCUGACCAGGUCCUUGUGUCAAGCCCUUUGAGCUUUGAUGGCUCUGCAGCUAUGAUCUUUGAUUCUGCAGCAAUGGCAGAGGGUUUGCAUGCACACUGUCCUCAGUCCCACAGCCUUGGCCUGACGCAGCUCUGCCCUCCUGCUCUGAGUCUUUCUUCUCUGGGGCAUCUCCAUCUCUUUCCGCUUCCUCUUUUAUUCAGGGAUCUGUUUCUGGACUUUUGCUUCUUGGGUCCGGUAUGCAACCACUCUCCCUUCCCUGUAGAGCUUUGAAAGCAUAUCUGAGAAAGUUCUCAUGUAAAUACUGUAACUUUUUAUAACGACCAAGUUCUUUAGAAUUAUUACCAUCCUUUUCUGCCCCCUUCUAUGUAAAUGUGUGACCUCUUUAAAACUCUUUCAAAUGUCUAUGUCAUUAUCUGGUAUGCUGUCUGUUCUCAUGGUGGCCAAUGAAAACACACUUCUCUUGAGGGAAAACCAGAUUCUUUUCUCACUUGGGCAUGUGUGUCUUUUUAGCUUCUGUUAAUAAAUCCCAGGAAACUAGAUUCUAGGUUUAAGGGGCUAACUAUGAGUUGCCCACAAAAGGUGUUAUGGGUAACAGAGGUUGGUCCUUGGGCCAUCCAGCGGAUUGGCCUCACCAGACUUGCUGGUACGUCUGCCAUAAAGAGCAGAAAAGCAUAUUUGGAAGUCAUAUGGGACCAGGUUGACUUUGAGGAGGGGGAAACAAUGAAUAGGAUCCUUUAGAGUCUGGAGAGGAUUCUAGGUUAUUUCUAGUAAGUUGAAUUUCUGCCAGUAAAAGGGCUUAGAAUAUAGUUUGGAUUGUGGACUAGUUUUCAGUGGACUAACACGUGAGAUGGGUGGGGGGGUCCUAUGGCCUGCUUGAGCCCUUGAAGGCACAGUGUUCUCUGCAGUGUCGUUCUCGGAGAAGCCAGCCCGUGCAGGAAGGGGGAAGAUACAACGAUGCUCAGUGGAGCCAUGCCUGGGUGGCGGUGCCUGGGCUGGAGACUGGUUAUGCUGGUUGAGUCUUAGCCGAGAGGAAACUCCCCAGACAGUAUCACUGAAUUCUCGGUGUUUUGGUAAAUAACAUCCUAACUUCUCCUUCCUGAAAGUGUGAAUCGCUUCCUUGCUGAAUGCCAUGCAAACUCUAGGCUUACUUCCUGUUGCAGCUGGUACAGAAAGGUAGCUGAGGGUUGAGACGGCUUCAUCUGGCCUCCUCUCAGCCCUCCUCCUUGUAGGCAACAGCUCACCCAGAUAUUCAUAAUAGGAAGUGUUCACUGUGGGCGGCCACAGAGCCAGCCUGAGCACACCUCAGUCGUGCUGUCUGCAGGGCAAGGGUCUCCCCUUCCUCUCAGCCUCUCCCUUCCUUCCUUCCCUCUGCCCUGCACAGCAUCCUCACAGGCCCCCAAACAUGUGGUGCGGUGAUACCGACUAACCCCGAGAAUGUGAAUUGCUGUCCACGUUACCUGCAUUGAGGAGGAGCCCGGGGUUUGUUGCCAGGAAGUAUGGUUUAAAAUGUGAAGUGCUACAGAACAAAUAAAUGCUGUGUACAGGAAUA